AUGGUUUUUAAGGAAACAAAUGAUUCGUCAUAUCUCAAUGGGGAUAAGCUUAGAAAAGAAGCUUUAAAACAACAGUUUGAUUUAUCAUUCCUGACUGUGUUCGGAAAGCAUUAUUUAAUCUCAGUUGGAUUAUAUCGAUUUAUUUUGCCCAUAUUACGCAAUAAAUUUCGUGAAAAUGGAAAUAUAGUGGAAAUAGUGCAAUAUCACCGAGAUAUUCUGCCUUACAAAGGAACAACCACGCCUUCUGUCUUAGAUAAUGAUAUGGAAAAUUAUGUUCCAAAACCAGCAGAUGAUUUACAUUCUUUUGUGUGCACAAUGUAUUUUUUGCGUAAUCCACUGAAGCAGCCCGAUCUAGUAUACAGGCUAUCAAAGAUUAUUGGAAUAGUGAAUUAUGGAAAAGAUGUCAAAUGCAGCAGACAACAAUUAGGUUAA